CCUAAGGCUGUGUAUUAUGGCACGACUAACUACAGCACAUCGCCAUUCUUCUCAAAUACAAUCGUGUCACAGCAUGAUAUUUUCGUAGAUUUGGGGCUGAGAUCGUGACCAGAGAUCCAAGGUUUCCAUGUCAGAUGAUAAUAUAUUAAACAUUGCUGGUUCUGGAAGGGAUAUAAUUAUGGACGAUGUGGCGACUCAUGUGUUCCCAGUGAACAUGUAUGCCGCUCAAAGUCUACAUGGAUAUUCGACAUUACAUGUAAACGAAAGCAAAAGCACCGGAAGUCAACAUAAAGACAGUCACGUGACUGACACAGUAAACAAUGCCAGAGUCCUACAUGCCAUACAAGUGAUGAGUAAUCAGGGAAAGAGGAAACGGGGACCAAAGGAAAAGGACACAUUUCAGCGGUUUGUUUAUUGUCUUCCUGAAAGAUACGGAAAACUUCCCAAGUUUACAUCAUUUGACCAGAAUGAGAAAGCUAUAAUAAAGGCACACCAAAAAGCUGGGUAUGGGUAUCCAGCCCAGGAUUACAUCGACGGCAUUGCCCAAAAAACACAUAUCUGCCUUUCGUACAAUGCUGAACAAUUCAUGGAGUUCAUUCGGACACUCUUUUCGAAACUUGUGAACCGGAAGUGGGAUAUGUACAAAAUAGAUAAACAACGACGGUUGUUGCGCGUGGAGCAGGACACACCGAGAGGAAUAAAAGACAUGAAGUAUCAAGGAUACCUCCUCAUAAUUCCUUAUGAUAAUGACAAUGAUCGACCGCAGUCCGUCAUAUACAGGACCGGCGAGGACUACAUCAUACAGGUAUCAACGAACCAUACCGACCACUCGACAUUUGACGAGACCGAUACGGGAUGCACGACUCCUAUUAACCACUGUAGUUUAGAACUACAAGAGGUUAUUAAACCGCCACAUGUAGACGUUAAAUCUUCCCCAGUGGCCUCCCCUUCGCGACUGACCUCACAGAUGUCCUCUGCGAUGAUGUCAACAACUUCCCAAAAUACAAUGCGAAUGCCUAUCGUGUCAUCUUGUCAUUCAAUAAGAAAUGAGAAUGAGUGUGAUGUCGCAGUGAAGAUAGAACAAGAAGAGCUUUGCCAUAAGACGCAUGAACUGCCCCAACCGGCCUCCCAACAACCAGAGAGAAGACUUACCAGUCCAGUUAUCCAGUCCAAUGUCAAUACCUCUAUGGCGUUCAUCGCAAAGUCUAAACUUGUCGUGAUCGCCGAAACUUACAGAGGUCUUCUUCAAAAUCCAUUGAGUGUGACUAUCCGGAAAGACCACCUAGUUGAUGACGUGAUAAGGCUAUACAGAGCGAACCCUAGUUUUGGAAAUCAUCACAUACGGGUAUUUAUGAAUUGUGAUGGGUAUCCGUCUGAUCAAAGCAAUGCUAUCCCAGCAGGCACAAUGUUUGUUAUGUUUUGGCGAGAAGUAUUGCAUCGGUUCUUUCAGGGAAACCGUGAAUAUGUCCCUGUUGUUGACCUCGACAUGGACGAAGAGUUUUACGUCACUAUUGGUAGGAUACUGUAUCAUGGACUGGUGCUGUUUGACUACUGGCCCGUCAGACUGGCACAAGCUUGCACAGCGGUGAUUUUAACGGAGAAAUGUUCAGACAGUCAGUUAACCACAUCGUUCUACAAUGUCAUGUCCGAAUCGGAGAAAAAGGUAGUGAAUGAAGCUAAAAAGGAGAUCAGAUCAAAUAUCGCAGAGUUUACACUUCCAGUGUUGAGAAACUUAUGUAGAACGUUGCGUUUCUACGGAAACGUUGUGAAACCGCAGCCGUGUACAUUCGAUGAUCUGAUUCUCCGACUGGCUCGGUACUACCUAGUGCGGAAUUCAUACUGGGCUCUGUCUGGGAUCAGUGCGGGGUUCAUAUCAAGUUUCUCUGGAAAUCUGCCGGUCAUUACCGAACACGACGUGUUCAAGUUGUAUGCCCGACUGUCGCCAAAUGCUCUAACGUUAUUCGAGAAAGUAAACUUUAUUUUUAGCCCCACGGAACAUAACACGUGUAUAGAUAUGGAGGAGAAGCGAACUAAGAUGUAUCUUGAAGUGGCCAUCAUGAAAAUGACGACCGAUCAAAUGGCCCGGAUGCUGACGAGGUGGUGCUAUUUUGACUGUCUGUGUGCGGACCAGCUGUACACGCGGUUCCAUCCACAGUCGGUAUCCGAGCCGCCGAUGUUUGACCCGGACACACGCACCUUAAACGUGUCGUCUGUAUACAGCUCCCAGGAGGAAUUCACCGCCUUACUUAUGUCACGAUUAGAUGAGUCUGUUGACGUCACAGCUGACGUAGUCAUCGUCUAAUGAAAAAAUUGUCUUCUGUUGGCAUUAACACUAAAGCAAUAAGGAAUUGCGUCCAUUUGCGUGUUUGCAACAUCAAGCCGAAUUGAGUACGAAAAAGUCCACUUACUGAUAAAGUAUAAGGAACAAUGAUCAUAUUGGUAGCAAGAACAAUGAUGUCCUGACGGAUGAGGUUUAACAUGUUUGUAUAUAAUUUCUAUGUUUAAAUAUUUCUGGAUCUAAUUUUUAUGUUCAAAUUGAGGCAUCUGUGUAUAUAAGUUGAGGUAUAAAAGUUAACAAACAAUAAAUAUUUCUCUUUAAAUGCCAUGUUACUUUGGUUGUAUGUUUAUUUCUGGAAUACACAUGAUAUUCAAUAUGAAAUCAGUAUGUAACCUUUCUCUGCGAUGAUUGUUAAUGAAGUUUUAUAUAUCUAUAUACACCAUAUGCAUGUAUAUUAGCAAGGUAAUAUAAUGAAUCGAAUAGGAAUGAACGUUCUUCUCUAAGAUCCAAUUGGUGAUUGAUUUGGAGGCCUAUCCGAAUUUACUGGUUUGACAUCGAGAAUGUGCGAAAAUGGCGUGUCAUUUUUGUAGUAAAAUGUAGCGUCCGAUGAAUGUAUA